UGUGUGGAUUCCCAUCACAACCAAGAUGGCGGCGGAGCGGACAGCCGGCUCUGCACAGUGACUGACAGACAGAAGAAAAGAGGCUUCGUCUCGGUUGGACAGCGAACGGAUCGACUCCGAGAGAGAGGAAACAAAUAAUUCAAAAUAAAAAAAAACAAACAAACAACCCAACUCAGGUCAACCUUUUUUUUUUUUUUUUUUUUUAUGUUUAUGUUUUUGUUUUUCUCUCCCCGGUUUACCGACAACGAGGCUGCAAUGAACCGGUAGACGACACCGGUCGAAGUGUGUGUGUGUGUGUGUGUGCGUGUGUGUGCGUGUGUGCGUGCGUGUGCGUGAGGACUCAUCUAACGUCCACAAGCAAGAGGGCAGUUGGCGGGGAUGGGAGAUGAUGGAGGACAAAGGCCCUCGUGUAGCCGACUACUUUGUGGUGGCCGGUCUGACGGACCCGUCCAAGCCGUUGGACCAGGAGAUCCACUUUGAUGAUGUCUGCCACAAGACGGCCAAGCCCAAGGCGCCCAUCACGGAUGUGGCGGUGGUGAUCCGCUCGAUGGGCGAGGAGGUGCCGCCAGGGUUCACAUGCAUAGAGGAAACACCAAGCGGUCAUUCAGCUGAUCUUAACAAUGGCGGCCUCAUGGCGCCCCAGAUCUUCCUGUGCUACAGGCGGGGCCGUGACAAGCCGCCUCUCACUGACCUUGGCGUGCUGUAUGAGUGGAAGGAGAGACUGAAACAGGGCUGCCACCUCAUCCAGACCACGCCCUCCGGCCGCCCAGCCAACAUCAGCGGCAAUUCCUCCCAGCGCAUCUACGCCACGUACCGCCGGGCGCCCGAGAGCCAGCCGCACACCGCCCUGGCUGUCACCGACAUCUGCAUCAUCAUCCCGAGCAAAGGAGAGGCACCCCCGCACACCUUCUGCAAGGUGGAGAAGAAUCUCAACAGCAGCAUGUGGGGCUCCUCUGUCUACCUGUGUUAUAAGAAGUCUGUGGCCAAAACCAACACAAUAGCCUACAAAGCAGGUCUAUUCAGCAGAUAUCCAGAGGAGGACUAUGAGUCAUUCCCUCUGCCAGAGUCUGUCCCGCUCUUCUGCCUUCCCAUGGGGGCCACAAUCGAGUGCUGGCCAGCUAACACCAAAUACUCCCUCCCUGUUUUUUCCACCUUUGUCCUCACCGGAGCCUCUGGGGAGAAGGUGUACGGUGCUGCCAUUCAGUUCUACGAGACCUACCCGCCGGAGUGUCUGACUGAUCAGCAGCGUUCCCAGCUGGGUCUCCUGAACCCGGAUCCACUCAAACCCUCCUCCUCCUCCUCCUCCUCCUCCUCCUCCUCCUCCAACACUACGCCGACGGCCACCAACAGCCCCACUAACAGCACCGCAACCCCACGCUUGGUCUACACCAACAAGUGUAUCUGUCUGCUUUCCCACUGGCCCUUCUUUGACGCUUUCCGCAAGUUCCUCACAUUCCUCUAUCGCUACUCCAUCUCCGGCCCUCACGCCCUGCCCAUCGAGAAGCACAUCUCUCAUUUUAUGCACAAAGUUCCCUUCCCUUCCUCUCAGAGGCCUCGCAUCCUGGUGCAGCUUUCCCCUCACGACAGUUUGAUGCUGAGCCAGCCAGUGUCUUCUCCUUUGCCACUCAGUGGUGGUCGAUUUUCCACGCUGCUCCAGAACCUCGGACCAGAGAACGCCGUCACCUUGCUUGUGUUUGCUGUCACUGAACAUAAGAUCCUGGUCCACUCGUUACGACCCGCCGUACUCACCAGCGUCACUGAAGCUCUGGUGUCUAUGAUUUUCCCGUUCCACUGGCCCUGCCCGUAUAUUCCUCUGUGCCCCCUGGCGUUGGCUGACGUGUUGAGCGCCCCCUGUCCAUUCAUUGUAGGAGUGGACUCCCGCUACUUUGAUCUUUAUGACCCCCCACCAGAUGUGAGCUGCGUGGACCUGGACACAAACACCAUCUUCCACAAUGAAGAUAAGCGAGCCCUCACAUGGAAGAUCCUGCCAAAGAAAGCCUGUAAAAACCUAAUGAAUGUGCUGAGUAAUCUCUACCAGCAGCUGGUUGACGGUCAGUUCCGGCCUGAUGGGCUGCUGGAGCUAAGCAUGAGUGAUUCGUCGGAGCUGAGCUGUGGGAAGAGCCUCCACAUGCUGGAGCUGGAGAUCCAGGAAGCCUUCCUGCGCUUCAUGGCAGCUAUUUUGAAAGGCUACCGUUCGUUCCUGCGACCCAUCACCCAGGCACCCUCUGAGAAAGCCACAGACGCCAGCUCACUUUUUGACUUGCAAGGGUUCUUGAAGAGCCGCGACCGCUCACACCAGAAGUUCUACUCACUAAUGACCAAAACCCAGAUGUUCAUCCGCUUCAUCGAGGAAUGCUCCUUUGUCAGCGAUAAAGACGCCAGUCUGGCCUUCUUUGACGACUGCGUGGACAAACUCUACAAUUCAGAGCGGGGUGCAGACAAAGGAGGCAAGGUGGACAGUGACAGGCCGGAGGAGACCAGGCUGAUAGAGAUUGAUGAAUCCCAGCGGAGUGAGCACACAGUCUUUAUCACACCUCCAGAGCUGCCUCCUCUGCCUGAGGGGGAGGAACAUCCACUGUGCUACAGGUACGACGGUUUCCCAGUGUUAAGUCUUGACCUGUUCGACCCUGUGGAGGGCCUGCGGACCCCCUCCUCCCGCCUCGCUGCCAGGCACAGCUGUCCCACCAGCCCUGCCCCCAUGUUUAGACGCACCAAGCAGGAGAUCAAAUCAGCCCAGAAGAUAGCCAAGAAGUACUCGUCCAUCCCCCAGCUGUGGUCCAAGUGCCUGCUCCGUCACUGCUACGGCCUGUGGUUCAUCUGUCUGCCAGCAUACGUGAAGGUGUGCCACUCCAAGGUGCGGGCACUUCGCACCGCCUACGACGUCCUCAGGAAGAUGCAGGCAAAGAAACUGCAGCCCCCCGACGAGGUCUGCUACCGGGUGCUGAUGCAGCUGUGUGGACAGUAUGGCCAACCUGUCCUGGCAGUCAGGGUCCUUUUUGAGAUGAAGAAGGCCGGAGUCCACCCCAAUGCCAUCACUUACGGCUACUACAACAAGGCGGUGUUGGAGAGCACGUGGCCCUCCAGCACCAGAGGAGGAUACUUCCUGUGGAUGAAGCUGAGAAAUGUCGUUCUGGGCGUGGCGCAGUUCAAACGGGCGCUACGACGCCACGCUCCCCUCACCCAGAGCCCUCUGUCAGAUGGCAGCGACCUGGACGCUGUGAGUCACGGCAGCCUGGAUAGCUCUGCAGACACUAACCUGGCCGAGCAGGGCCCCUACGCCACUGACUCCGUCAAAGUAGACCCCACUGAUGAUAGAUCUAGCACAGCCGGCCGUGGGGGCGGCAGCGUGGGCGCCAGGGCCCUGGUGGCCAACUCACACUGGGGGGGCUGUGAGCUCAGAGAAGCCACCCUCCACCCAGGAGAUCAGUCAGACUUGGGUUAUAACUCACUGUCCAAAGAGGAGGUUCGGAGAGGAGACCCCAGUGCCCAGGAAGCCGUCCCCGACAAAGAUGACAAGAAGGAGAGCGACUGCAGCUCCUUGUCAGAGACUGAGAGUGCUAAGGGAAGUAAAGACUGCCUCCCUCAGCUGGACAUGGAGGUCCAUUCCUCCUUCAAAUCCCGUGGCAUUGUUCGCAGCAGUUGUCCGUAUGAUGAUUCAUCCUGUAAACCCAAGAGCUCCGCCAGCGCAGGUCAUGUUGCAGGUCUCCUCUUCACUUCCUCUCUGGAUGAGAUCGGCGAGGUCCACACCAACAGUUUGCUCAGGAGACAUAAGAGCGCUCUGGAGGAGGUGGUGGGCAGCGCCAGCAGCGGCUCGGCCCUCGACUGGCAGGGCGUGAGGAGCCGCCGGCUGAGCGGCGACACGGUGGGCAGCAGCGGCAGCGGCACCACUGUCCUUGGCCUGGGUAUGAGCCAGGGUGAAACGGACCCAGAUAAGAUCGCAGGACAGCUGGGCGCAGAUGUCAAAAUUCUCUCCGGGGCCAACUUCAGUAAGAAUAAAAGGCCUCGCUCACUGGCUCUGGGAGGUCUAGAGGGGACGGCUGCUAAGGCAGGGGCUGCCAGAAGUCACGAUCACAUGGAGGAGGAAGAGGAGACGGAGGGACAGGACUCCAGUGAUGAGGACCGAAGUAAUACAGAAGCUAUUUUUGAUUUGGAGGAUCUGGAUUUAGACAAGCCUGCCACGAGGGCUGGCAUCGGCUCUCAUAAAACCAACAAAUCUCAUAAGAAACUUGUUGAACGCAGCGCCAGCUAUGGUGGCAUGAGCACUGAGGCGUCCAGAGGGACCGUCAAGCGCACAGGCAUUGAGACGGGAUACGACCCUCUGUCCCUGCUGGCAGCACAGUCACAGACGGAACAGGAAAAUGACGAUCAGUACCCAGAGGGGGACGAGGCCAGCACGCCAAGCGCCCGCAGGCACUUGGCCAGGGAGAUCGAGCUCUACAUGAACCACAUGGGCAGCCCGCUGAGAAGCCGUACUCCCAGUCUGGACUUGCAAGACCCGGCCAGCCCCCUCCUCCUCCACCCUUCCUCACUCUCUGCUCCCCGCAGAGCCAGUCUGCCCCACAGCUCCCCCCUCAGGCCUGCUGGAGUGCCGCGCUCCUGCACCUUCCACCCACCCUCGCCUUCCCAAACCAUCUCACGCCAACGCCUAUGGUCGUCGCCUCCCUGUCGUAGUUCUAGCACCACCCCCAGCCCCAGCCCCAGACCCAGCCCAUACAGGGACAGGACGGACAGGAUGGGCCAGGCGUCACCUUCACCUUCGUCCUCCUCUUUCGCUCUGGACACUCUGCUCACACCAACGCUUGAUGUAUUCAAGACCAGUGUGUUCUCUGCUGGGAAGGGUGUGGCAGAGAAGGCCAGCCGCUGGUAUUCCCGUCUGGCCACGUACACCACACCUACCAAGGACGGUCACAGCGACCGCCUCAGCGUGUCCUCCCUCGGUGGAGAUCCAGACGGCUCCUCUCUGCUGGAUGAGGAGGACUGUGGGGAGUUGGAGAGCUCCGUGGUUUCUCCACAGAGGAACGGCCCCAUGGGGCCCCGCAGAAGCCCCAGACGCAGCCCCCUCCGCAGCAGACUGGACAGCCCCACUGCAGGCUCCAGCCUCGGGAGACCCACAUCUCUGCAGCCAGGAUGCGUCCUCUCGCCUCCUGGCUUCCCUCUGCCAGACAAGUCGGACCUCGGCUCUUCGCGCUACACCAGCAACACCAGCAUCUUCAACAACUACGCCAUGGAGCUGCUGAUCUCCAGCUGUUCUCGCUGUAAGACGUGUGACUGCCUGGUGUAUGACGAGGAGAUCAUGGCCGGCUGGACAGCAGACGACUCCAACCUGAACACCACUUGCCCCUUUUGCGGAAACCCCUUCCUGCCCUUCCUCAACGUGGAGAUCAGGGACAUGCGAGGGCCCGGCAGGCUUUUCCUGAAGGGAAGCCCAUCGGUGGAUGAGGCAAUGACCUCAUCAUACUCGGCCUCCACAGGUUUCGACACAGGGACGUCCACCUUGUCCACUCCCUGUCCUACAACAGCUGUCUUCCCUCCCUCCCCUGUGAUUGCUGUCCAGGAGUGCUUGGGCAGUGGAAGGACUCGAUCAACCAGGGUUCAAGGUAUCAAUAUCCCCUCAGACCGCCGGAAGGGGGCGUCCUCCCCCGGAGCUCCCAUGGCCCGCAGUGUCAGUGCCUUCGGUCCUCUGGACGAAGGAUCUCGACUCAACCGCUGUGUGCCGACAUCGGGUAGCCUUCCCAGCCGCCUCAAUGAAGCCACGGACCCGCUGAGUAUGGAGUGGCGGCUGCACAACCCCGAGCCGGUGACGGUUCCCUACCUGAGCCCGCUGGUGCUGUGGAAGGAGCUGGAGAGUCUGCUGGAGAACGAGGGCGACGCGGUGAUCACGGAGGCCGACAUGGUGGACCAUCAUCCCAUCAUCUACUGGAACCUGGUCUGGUACUUCAGACGGCUGGACCUGCCCAGCAACCUGCCCGGUCUCAUCCUCACCUCUGAGCACUGCAACAGAGACUCCCAGGUCCCUCGUCACUGGAUGUCGGAGGACAGUAAACACGUGCUGAUCCAGAUCCUGUGGGACAACCUGAAGCUGCACCAGGACCCCAUCCAACCUCUCUACAUCCUCUGGAACACAUACAGGCUUAAUUGUACUCUGUUGUUAGAGAACGUCGGUUACCCUCUGUCCCGGCCGGUCUCGGAGGAGGAGAAGCCGUUCAGCGAGGACUUACUGCAGAGCGUGGUGAAGAGCAUCCAGAGGAACGACGUCAGCCGGCCGAUGGCUCAGCUGCUGCAGCUGCUGGGCCAGACGCUCGGGGUCAAGAGGCAAAGGAGUUUGUACAGGGACAUCCUCUUCCUCUCCCUGGUGGCUCUGGGAAAAGAUAACAUUGACAUUGACGCCUUCGAUCGCGAGUACAAGCUGGCGUACGACCGCCUCGUGCCGAGCCUGGUGAAGCUGACCCAUAACUGUGACCGUCCUCCCAGCACGGGGGUGAUGGAGUGCCGCAGGACGUUUGGAGAGCCUUACCUGUAAAACACUCACCUUCACACACCUGGAGUAACUCUUCAUCACACACGUCAUAUUGCUUUAAGACGAGCUCAGGAAACCUGUUGGAAGACUGUGAAUGUGCACUACAGUAACGUUUGGAGGUGAAAAAAAAGAAGAAAAAAAAAAGUUGACGGCGGUCAGCGAUAUUGUAGCCCAAAACAACAACAACAACAAAGUUUUACAGACUUUAUCUCAGCUAAGUGAAGAUGGAAACACACUCACAUCACUCAUAAACACAACUUCAUCCAGUGUUGUUGAGUGACGCUCACCUGGUUUCUCUGGAAACCCUGUGAACAAUUAUACAAAUAUUCUGUAAACACACCGCAAGUAGAGGAUUUUUUUUAAAAUGCAACAUUUAUUUUGUAUAGUCAUACAGCAUAUGAAGACUAAUACUAGCAAUAUUUUAACUUGAACUCUAUUUAUACAAAGUAAGCUUUAUUUAUUGUAGUGUCUUGUCCCGUGUUCGCUGUUGUCUCGCAGUUUAAACCAGUGCGUCCUGAACACUCGUUGCUCGUUUCCAGCAGACUGGAAGAGAUGUUGCAGUACGGAUUUAGUGUCUGUUGUAAGUGAUGACUAAGUGUUUCUGUGCUGUAUGAGUUGGGGCAUCCAAAAAAAAAAAAAAACAUAUUUAAAUUAGAGCUGCAAGGAUCAGUCGAUACUUGUUAUUCAACUGGCUCCAGCUUCUCAAAUGUGAGGAUUUGCUGUUUUCUGUCAGUAUGAUUGAAUAAUUAAAUAUAUUCAGAUUUUGGACUUGUUUUGUCUGACAAAAAACAAGUAGAUUUUCUCAUUAACAUUUCACAGAUGAAACAUUUAAAACAGAACCAGUGUGAAGGAUUUAGUCCAGUAAUCCAGUGGCGAAGUUGCAGAUUGCAGCUAACUGAACACCCCUCGUGUCUGUGUUUGACCACCUGGGAAUGAGAUAAACUGUGAAAUGUGUAGGAGAAAACGUGAAAGGCUUCCUUUCUACAGCCUAAUCACCUGAAUAUGAGAGUUGCUGUGUUUUUUUGUUAACUUAGAAUGAGACGUUUAUUUCUACAUCAUGUUUUUACAGUAGCCCAGAACGGACAAACCAAACACUAAUAAAAACACAUCUAUGAAUAUCAUAUUUCAUUUCUGUCAAUAGAUCCUCUUAAAUGUUCCACACUGGACCUUUUCAUUAAUCAAUAAGGAAAAUAAUGUUCAAUUGCAGCCCUAAUUUAAAUGUUUAAAAACCACUGUUUAAGCUGCCUUUAAUGUUAGUCCACUAUCUGAACAUAAGUGUCCGCUGUGCUGCCACAACCAGUUACAAUAGCGCUUUACAUUUCAUUUUAAGUUAGUUUACCAAACAUUUUUUUGCUAUUUAAAUAUUUCAUCCAUCAUAUGUUUAAGUUCUCUGCACCAGUUCAUUAAUGAAGCAAACGUCAGUGUUACUGUUGAUCGUCGACUGCUGGGAUGAAGGGAGGCCGGCUGACAAACACACACACUUGUGAUUAUAAAUAUGUAGUUUACGUGGAUUUCUUUGGUUUUAUGAGUUGAAAGAUGAACUUAAGGUCGGGAGAAAACUCACUUCAAUACGAGCGGUUUGUCCUAAAUAUACAAAAGCUGUUCUGAAAUAAAUACAAAAUAAGAUUCCAGUACUUUUCUGAUAAAUACUGUCAGGUAAUGUAACACGUUUUGGCAGCCAUGUUGGUUUAAUUCACAAAAACUGUAAAAGGAAAAUGUAUGUUUGUAGUUUUUACCAUAAUUUAUGUCAGUAUAUCAUUGUACUCACCAAAAAGAAAUAGCUGACACCGCUACGAUGAAGUCCGACGGGUCAGACGAUGAAUGUGUUUAUCCAGAUUAUCUAAAAUAAAACCUUUAUUUGGAGGUAAAUCAUGAUUUAUUGGUAAUAAUCAUCCAUCACAGAGGAAAACUGUAGGAAAAUGAAAGCUUUACCCAGGCUGUCACUAAUUAUUCAGAUAAACAUGUAAAUGUCUGUUUUUGCUUUUGUUUUAACAUCUGUGGUACAAAGAGUUAAAUCUGCCUCUGUGACUGUAAUGAAUGACUUCAAUCUCAGAUCAAAUGAAGGGUACAAACUCUUAAUUAUUUUUAGGUGGCUUCUGUAAUUUCUCUGAGGGGCAUUACUGAGAUUUUAUGAUUGUUGUUGUGUUGUUUUUACUAUCAGAUAUUGGUGGAUACACAUUUGGAUGUUCUGUAAAAAGCCCAGAGGGCAGCAGAGGAGGAGAAAAUGCUUUAAAUCUCCUCCGAGGUAACAUCCGGUGUAUGAAAGUCAUACACCGGUUUUAUCUCUGCCAUUUAAAUUAAAACCAAAAAGGGAUUUCAGUGCCCACGGGAAAUACUAAUGAUGCAGUAACAGACGGAGGAUUGUGUAUUUUAUAGUUUACUGUUUCAGCACUUUUCAACAAGUUAGAUCAACUACAGAACGUCUCCUGUAGAGUUACCUCCAGUUAUUCUACAUUUAAAUGCACCAUGAAUGCAGAAAAGUGAAAUUAGAAUCAAAUCAGUGUUCACAAGCAGUUUCUUGUCUGUAAAACAAUGAAAAAGAUUAUGGAGUCGCUGAAAAGUAGAAGAGAAUUCAUAUUCUGUAUUAAAAUGUUAAAAUAGGGGAUGGACAUCUGUUCUGAAGUCAUAUAUAAACAUAUUUCAAAUGCACUAGUGUUUGUAAAAGUACAGAAAGUAAAUCAGAACUUUAACUUUUUGUAAAUGUUCAUAUUUACAUGUACAAAAUCUGUCUAUUUCUGCAUUUUUAAAGCUAAAGUUCUGAUUUUAUUUACAUAUAUUUGUCACAGGGUUAUUCAACGUUGAGACGACCGUAUGAGAUUCUGACCAAAUAGAUUCUGGAUCCAACUGGAUAUGAACUGUAAUUACUCAUUGUUUUCGUUUGUGUGUGUUAAAUCGGCCAACACCAUGGUUGAAGGAGGACCCUAAACUCAUGAAGGUCUCAUGAACGUCAACCAUGGGUGCGAUUCGUGGUCAGUAAGUUGCACUUUGCUCCUAAAAAAUUAUAAUCGAGCCGGCGAAGAAGAGGACGCAUCGACUACGACGUCAGCGGCUGGAGGAAGCUGCCAUUCAUCUGUGGAUUUCUGUUGUGUUAAAAAGUUGUACAAAUGAAUGAUUUUGCAGAAUCUGGGGGCCAUGUACAUUUUAACUCGCCCUUUGUAGAAAUCACAUUUUAUAACAGUUUAUUCACACGUGUGCAAAAAGGUCCUUUUUAGAUGUGGUGAAGGUUCUGUACAGCGACCAGAUCUACAGGGCUGUUUAACUGUAAAUAAAAAUCACUUACACUCUC